AUGGCGCAGAGCUUUGACAGCUGGCUGAAUAGUCUGGGCCCUCUCACGAGGUACGCCCUGGGCGCCGUGGUGCUGCUCACCGCCGGCGCCUCGCUGCGGGUCAUCCCGCUCGACUACAUUCUGCUGUUCCCCUCCGCCUUCACGGAGCUGCAGCUCUGGCGGCUCCUCACGGCCGCCUUCUUCUUUGGCGGCUUCUCCUUCCCGUGGCUGCUCUCCGUUGCCAUGUUCGUCUCCUACCUGAACUACAACGAGACGUACGACUUCAAGGGCAAAAGCGGGGACUUUCUCUGGAUGGGGCUCAUCCUCAUCCUUGCGAACGCCGUCGGCGGCCUCCUGCUUGGCCUGCUCGUCACCAGCUUUGCCUUGCUAAUGUCGCUCUGCUGGGUCUUCUGCAAGCGGCACCCAGAGCUGCGCAUGAACCUGUACAACUUCGAGUUCCACGCCAACACGUUUCCGUGGAUUCUCCUCGUCUUUCACCUCAUUCUCGGUCAAAGCAUCUUGGAGGACCUUCUCGGCAUCGUCGUGGGGCACGGUUUUUUUUUCUGUAGGGACGUGCUGCCAAGGACGCACGGCAUCGACCCCCUCCGCACACCCGCGUGGUUCCUGCGGUACGUGCUGCCGAACGCCGGCCCCGGCGGCGUCGCCACGCUGUACCCCGCCUCUCACCCGCAGGCCGGGCGGUUUGCCCGCCCACCGCCGGACGCCAACGCCGGCCAGCGACACCGCUGGGGCACCGGACGCGUGCUCGGUGCCGAAUGA